AUGAAAUAUUCAACUUUGAGAUUAUCAGAACAUUAACCUUAUAUUGUUUCCUCACUUAGACUUGAACAUCAAGAGAUGUUAUCAUUAAAAGAAAAGACUAUAAUUGAUUAAUUUAAAGAAAAUCCUAAUCUGCCUAAAUAAAUUAUACAAGAGAAUAAACAGAGAAAAGAUAGAAGAUUAUACAAUCAAUCAAAUCUUAGUGAAUAACUCCCUAAAGUUAAAUAGCACUAAUAUAAGAGCAAUACAAUUAUUUCUGAUAGAAAUGAUAAUUAUAUUUGUAAAACUACUGCUAGCAAUUCAGAUGACUUAAUUUCAAAAUACUCAAUUAUUUAAGUUGAUUACAAAAAUGGUAUCUCAUCUGGAAAAAAGAUCUCACCUAUUAAAUUAUAGAAACACCUUUGGAAAUUGAGUCUCUAAAAUUUAAUUAAAUCUUAACAUAGUUAUAAGUAGAAGAAAAUGGAAGUGUCUAUUUUACAUCUUUACCCCAGUCAUUUUGUUUUAAAAUGA